AUGGCGAAAGAAACCAAGGAUUUGGAAGCCGCCAUCCAUGAUCAAACAAAUCUGGUCCCGUUGAAGGAGAGGCUGACGAUAUUCUUCACCCUCGCCUUUUGCAUGUUUCUAUGUUACGUCGACCAAAAUGGAAUCACUGUACUCCUACCCAGUAUCGCGAGAGAUCUGAAUGCUGCGGAUACCAUCGCCUGGGCUGGCACAUCGGCCCUGAUCGCAAAUACUGUAUUCCAGGUCCUCUACGGUCGCCUAUCUGAUCUCUUUGGUCGCAAGAAAAUCUUCGUCGGAUGUGUCGUAGUAUUGGCUAUCGCGGACUUGGUAUGUGGUCUCACGCCCAAUGCAGACGUUCUGUAUGUUUUUCGCGGAAUAUCUGGUAUUGCCAAUGGUGGCAUCAUUGCUCUGGUAAACAUGAUCAUGUCUGAUGUUGUGACCUUGCAACAAAGAGGCAAAUAUCAGGGUAUCAUUGGAUCAUUCAUCGGACUUGGAAAUGCUGCAGGUCCCUUGAUUGCCGCUGCCUUUACUCAGCAUUCGACCUGGCGAGGUCUCUUUUACCUCAAUGCACCUUUGUGUGUUGUGGCUGCGUGUCUCGCAGCAUGGAUUCUGCCACAGAGUAUGCCCAAAGUCAACUUCCGGGAAACCAUUGUCAAAGUUGACUGGAUUGGUCUCUUUUUCAGUACGGUUGCAAUCAUUCUUAUUCUCAUCGCCAUAUCUGAUGGCGGCCAUGGUACACCCUGGGACUCGGCAGAAACAAUAUCGAUGCUGGUCAUUGGCGGAGUUUGUGCCAUAGCCUUUGUCAUUGUCGAAUGGAAGUUUGCAAAACUUCCGAUGAUGCCAUUGGAGAUGUGGAAGAACAAGUCUGUCGCGUGCAUGCUGGUUCAAUCCUUCUUUCUCGGCAUGAAUUAUUAUUCGCUCAUAUACUACCUGCCGUUGUACUACCAGAACGUUGGUGGGUACGAUGUCAUGAGAUCAGCCGUGCUCAUUCUUCCUCUGGUCUUUGUGCAAGCAACUUUCUCGGCACUUGCUGGACAAUACAUGUCCUUUAUCGGCCACUACAUCGAGGUCAUAUUCGUGGGCUUUGUAUGCUGGACUCUAGGCUCAGGAUUGCUAGUUUCUCUCCGAACCAAUUCUCCCGUCGGCCACAUUGCCGGCUUCAUCAUUCUCGUUGGCUUCGGCUGUGGCUGUACAUUCCAGACAACCAACACUGCGAUGCAAGCACAUUGCCCUAAAUCACAACGUGCAAUCGUCAUCUCGAACCGAAUGCUGUUGCGUCAACUCGGUGGUGCUGUUGGUCUAGCUAUCUGCUCGGCUAUCUCAGGCAACGUACUCAAAUCGAGUCUGCCGCCACAUCUUCAGUAUAUCGCCUACUCGACAUUUGCUGUGCCUCCACUGAACACCGUCAGCGCUGCCGAUCGAGCCAGCAUCAGUAGUGCAUAUGCAGAUGCUAGCCGAACUGUGCUCAUCUUCUGUGUAGUAGUUAUCGGCAUAGCGCUAAUACUUACCUUCUUCGUCACCGACAAGGGAUUAAAGAGAGAAGAAGACGUUGUCGAAGAGAAGGUUCGAGAGGCAGAAAUGGGACACGAUCCGGAGAAUGAGACCAUUCCCAAGGAAAAGCCUGGUCUCGUCACACGAUUCAAGACAUGGAGGAAUUCAUUAGUGAAGGACGAGAAUAAUGCUGGCGUCAACAAGAGUCCACCUGUACCACUACAGAGUCGGGAUAGAGAGGAGGCUGUCACAACCGCUGCUUCCAAAAGUUCUUUAGAUCCUAAAUAG